CGGCAGAAUGGAAGAUUUCAUCUCCAUCAGUCUCCUGUCUCUGGCUAUGUUGGUGGGCUGCUACGUGGCUGGAAUCAUUCCUUUGGCUGUUAAUUUUUCCGAGGAGCGACUAAAGCUGGUGACUGUUUUGGGUGCUGGACUUCUCUGUGGAACUGCGCUGGCGGUCAUCGUGCCUGAGGGAGUACAUGCACUUUAUGAGGAUAUUCUUGAGGGAAAACAUCAUCAAGCAAGUGAAACACAGAAUGUGAUUGCAUCAGAAAAAGAAAAACUAAUUCCAGUUGUCCGUGAACACGAACACAGCCAUGACCACACCCACCUGCAUGCCUACAUUGGCGUUUCCCUCGUACUGGGCUUCGUUUUCAUGUUGCUAGUGGACCAGAUUGGCAGCUCCCAUGUGCAUUCUACUGAUGAUCCAGAAACAGCAAGAGCUAGCAAUUCCAAAAUCACCACCACGCUGGGCCUGGUUGUUCAUGCCGCAGCUGAUGGUGUUGCUUUGGGAGCAGCAGCUUCUACUUCACAGACUAGUGUCCAGUUAAUAGUGUUCGUGGCAAUAAUGCUACAUAAGGCCCCCGCUGCUUUUGGACUGGUUUCCUUCUUAAUGCACGCUGGCCUUGAGAGGAAUCGAAUCAGAAAGCACUUACUGGUCUUUGCAUUGGCAGCACCAGUUAUGUCCAUGGUUACUUACUUAGGACUAAGUAAAAGCAGCAAAGAAGCCCUUUCAGAGGUCAAUGCUACUGGAGUGGCCAUGCUUUUCUCUGCUGGGACAUUUCUUUAUGUUGCUACAGUACAUGUCCUCCCCGAGGUGGGCGGAAUGGGGCACAGUCACAAACCCGACUCUACUGGAGGGAGAGGCCUCAGCCGCCUGGAGGUAGCAGCCUUGGUUGUGGGCUGCCUCAUCCCACUCAUCCUGUCAAUAGGACACCAGCACUAAAGGCCUGGGGACCAGCCAGCCUCAGACUGUGGCCGUUUUUGCCAUAUAGUGAGAACAGCCAGCACAUGACCGCUGCUCACUUCCUCAGUCUCUUGUCUCACCUUGCCAGUCCCUACCUGUAUUCCUACAAUCCAGAGGGAGGUGAGAGAAAUCCUGGAGUAAUGGAAAAACUUUUAGAGUAAAAGCAACACAUUGUGAUUGGAUAGAGACUUUCCAUUGUGUUGUCUUUUAACAGGCCCAUGGCAUUUUGAGUUUGAUGGUUCUCUUAACCCUAUUCUCAGGGAAGAUGGUGUUUAGUUUUAAGAAAAAGUGGAGAACUUCAUACUCAACGAAAUAGUAAUUAUGAAAGUACAGUGUUCUGCAAUUAAGCUAAAUCUCUCCUUUUUUUAGUUUAAAGGCUUGGCCACUCUGUCCACUGAUUUUUAACAUGGAUUUCACCAUGUAAUAUUGGUGCAUUAGCAUCUAUGCCACAGGCCUUGAUAGAAGGUCAUAAUGUCCACUGUCUUAGAUGCUGAAGAUAACUAUAGUAAAUUUGGCGAUCAAGUCAGAAAAAUGAUGGCAAGACACACUGAAAACUAACUAUACUCAAAGGUCUUGUACUAUAAAGGGUACGUUCCCUUCCCUCUGUCCCUCUCUGCCCUUCCGGUUAACAGCAGCAGGAGUGGACUAGCUUCUUACGAGGUGACUUGUCUAUUGUACCAUUUUAAGCUCUCCUUUGCAAAAUACCUGUUUCCAUAACACAUUCUUACAGAGAAGGCAAGUACUUGUAGGUUCAGUCCUAGGCUUUCCUUCAAGAAUGGUCAGGUCCCAAAGUAUCUUUGGAAAUUAAGGUGUGUUAGAUUUUAAGUGAAUUUGGAUAGCCAUCAACAUCUUCAGAGUGACUUUUUUUAAAGUAAGAUUAACAAUUUCUGUUUGCCCUUAUUUUUUGUAAAGUUUCUUAGCAGACCAGCAGUUCCUCUGGCAAAAAUACAUGUGGUGCCCCUGGGGGGUGUUAGGUAAGUGUCAGAAAGUCAAGGUUUUGGAUCUGGAGCCAUAGUACAAUGGGUAGGGCAUUCACCUUGCACACGGCCAACCCAGGUUUAAUCUCUGGCACCCAUAUGCCCAACAGGAGUGAACCUGAGUGUAGAGGUAGGAAUAAGUCCUGAGCACCAUCAGGUGUGUCUCCCGCCCCCCUCAAAAAAAAAAAAAAGGAAAAAGAAA